UGGCGCCAGUGAGUCACAGAAAACCACAGGACAGGUCGAGCAGGCGACGAUCGGGUGUCAGGUUUCACGGUUUACUGGGACUCGGGAGUCAUUCGUGCUGGGGAGUAUCAGAGACUAUUUGUGAAUACGUUCAGUUACCGAAGUUAGCAAAUCUGGCCACCAUCAAGCAAUGGCCCCGAAGUACAACGGCCUGUCCCACUGCAAGCUGGCCCUGGUGUUUGCUGUGCUGAUGGACCUGCUGGGCGUGACAUCCCUAUUGCUGGGUGUCUUCGCGCCACUGGAGAUCCGAGGACGAGACUUUGGGGAUUUUCUGGUGUACUCGGGAGCUCUGCUGGUGCUCCUGUCCUUGGCGGGCUGGGUCUUGUGGUACAGCGGCAAUAUUGAGGGCCUGACCUCCAGAAAGGAGCUGGGGGACGCUAUGGGCGGCGCUGUAGACCGCCUGGCCCGAUCCCUGAGCAGGAGGAUACGGCUCCCCAGGACUCGCAGCAGUCCGACAUAGACACUGGAGCACGCACAAACACCCUGCCUGAGGCAAAGGAGUGCCAUUAUGUACAAGGACAAAGUACAGUGAUUGUAACGCAAUACACUGCAGUGUUUCAACACAUAGGGAUACGUAAGGUACACGUUCUAUUGUAUAUCUGGUGUUGUCAUCACAGUAAAACAAGCCAGAACUGAAGCUAUGAAAUAAAUCACUAUUUUUAUGUACAAGAUUAAUUUUA